AAUUUUUCAAAUCUUCAUUUCCACCGCUCGAUGUCUUCACAAGAGAACACCACCAGCAAACCAUCGCCACCCGAAAAGCUCUCGGGGUUCGACUGGUGGCGCCGGAGCAUGCUGUACCGGACCGGAAUGGGCAUGAGUGAUGCAGACAAGCGUCAGUUUGAAAUCGACUACAAUGCUAAACAGCUUCCCCAAAGAUGCGAUGCUUGUGUAUCAGAAAGAGACUGGGUUCUUCAGUACUCUCCAUCGGUGCGGUUCAUGAUGGAUCAUGUGAACAAGCUUGGUGGCAACUUAUCGUCCAAGAAUAUCAAAUGUGAAGUAUGUGACGACUUGAAGGGUGGAGGGUUUCAUCCACAAAUGGGGAUCUUAUUGUGUUCCAAUUGGAUCCGAGACAAAUGGCAGUUGGAAGAUAUUCUCACCCAUGAACUUGUUCACGCGUACGACCACCUUAAGUUCAAGGUUGACUUGACCAACUUAAAACACCACGCAUGCACAGAGAUCCGAGCUUCGAUGUUGAGUGGAGAGUGUCGAAUUUUCAACGAAAUAAAGAAAACAGGCCUCGCCAAUUUCGACAAGAAGUUCCAGGCAUGCAUCAAGAGAAGAGCCACGCUAUCGGUGUCGGCGAAUCCGAACUGUAAAACCAAGCAAGACGCUGAAAAUGCCGUUAAUGCGGUGUGGAUGUCGUGUUUCAACGACACACGGCCUUUUGAAAGAGUGUACCGUUGAUAGUUGCCCAACACCAACAAAUUAUCCCCAUUAGUGUCUCUUUGUACAUAGUAAUUUAUAUUUCAUCAUGUUGGGGUGUUUAUCGCCUGUGCCGAAUAAGCCGCGCCGGCAGGCAUUAAUUAUAAAGACCGAACUCUUCCCUCGUGAUUACAAUUUGUUUGUACUUUAGUGGUUCUAAUGCAACACCGGGAGACAGACCAAAACCUUUCGAUAAUUGUCGGGAGGAACUCCGGCACCAGAGCCUCUCUUGUGGGUUCUGACGAGUAUAAGGAGUUUAGCACCGAAAUAGAGGGUACAGGCACCUCAGAAAUUGAUCAAUCAUUUCCACAGUCAGAGAUCCAGGAUGUGCCUGUAGAGGUUAUCCGGACCAAAAUCAACUCAAUUGAUGCCAAGCACCGCCACACACGGGUCAAGAAGCCCAAGAGAGGUGAAUCGACGUCUGAAUCGACUGCGGAUGGUCCUAAUUACCGGUCGCAGUUUGGUGAUAUUAAGUUCUUGGAAACCUCAACAACCAUUUUUGAUGCUGACUACUUCAAAGACUCCGAGAUGUACGGGAUAUACGUCUUGUUCUGGUUGGCCACGGGGUUCUUGAUGGUGAACAAUAUUGUUCACGCCUGGAUUGACCAGUCUGCCCCCUUUUAUCAGUUACCUGUGGUUCAGGUCUUGAGAAAGGAUCUCUGGAAAGUAGCCUUGGUGGACUGCUUGAUGUACUUGUCCACGUACUUUGCGUACUUUGUUCAGAAAUUGUGCAAGUUGAAAGUUCUCAAUUGGCAAAGGACAGGAUGGUUUAUUCAAGGCACAUAUGAUUUCUUCUUCCUAUUGUUCUGGUCUUUGGUGGCUUCUGAGCAUAUACUUGGAUUCCCAUGGAUCGGAAGAGUAUUUUUGAUGCUUCACUCAUUGGUGUUUCUAAUGAAGAUGCACUCGUAUGGGUUCUACAAUGGCUAUCUCUGGACGAUUUCGGAGGAGUUGGAAUUUUCUGAAAAGUAUAUCAGCAGGUGCACACCGGAUAACCACCUGGUUUCACCUGAAAAAGACUUGGAUGAACAUAAGCAAACGCUUUUGAACAGUAUCAAGUUCUGUAAGUUUGAAUUGGCCUUUCAGGCGUCUGCUAACUAUACUUCCAAUGAUCCAAAUGUGAUUUUAGAUGGCCCCAGUGUGAAAUUUCCUGAUAACAUUACUGUGGAGAACUUUUUUUGGUUUUCGAUGUUCCCAACCGUCGUGUAUACAUUGAACUUCCCUAGAACCAAAAGAAUCAGAUGGAGCUAUGUAGGAGAAAAAGUGUUGGCAGUGUUUGGGAUUUUCUUCUUGAUGAUCAUAAUCGCCCAAAAAGGCUUCUAUCCACUUAUUCUUCAGGCCAGAGCCGCCAAAACGCUCCCUUCGGGGUUAAAGGUGCAACAGUAUUUCCUUGUCCUAAUUGAUAUGAUUCCCUACUUUUUGUUGGAAUAUAUCUUUACAUUUUUCAUUAUUUGGGAGUUCAUUUUGAAUGUGAUUGCAGAACUCAGCUGUUUUGCAGAUAGAGACUUCUAUGGUCCUUGGUGGUCAUGCUCUGACUGGGGGGAGUUUGCAAGAAUCUGGAAUCGUCCCGUGCAUAAAUUCUUAUUGAGACAUGUUUACCACUCUUCUAUCAGCACGAUUCGGUUGAACUCGUUUCAAGCAUCCAUUUUCACGUUUGUUUUAUCCAGUCUUGUUCAUGAGUUGGUAAUGUUCUGCAUUUUUCGAACGUUUAGAGGAUACUUAUUGUUGUUGCAGAUGUCUCAGCUUCCGAUGAUGAUGAUAGCUAAAACGCCGCUAAUGAAAGGAAGGAAAACUUUGGGAAUUGUGGUUUGUUGGGUGGGUUUUAUUUCAGGGCCUAGUAUAAUUUGUACUCUUUACUUGUUCUUUUAGAUAUUUAGUGAAGAUUAUUUUUUGUUGCAGCCAUUU